AUGUGCAACGUUGCUACCGACGGUGGUCUCUCCCCUAACGCUGUUGUCGCUGCAUGGGUGCAUGACGUCUGCGUUGCCUCUGAUCUGGGCAGAUAUAUCUUCCAACACACACCAACGCAAGGUUCUUCUAGAUCUUUAACCGGCACAACUGGCCCGACAGGUGCCAGGAGAAAGGCACCCGCGCUCGGAGACCGCGACUCAACUGUGAAGAAAAACCGGCCCGUUUUCACGUCAGAGAAACAUCCACGCCCCAUGCCUCCAAAAAAGAAGCGGACUCGAGGCUCCAAAGGGGAGGGAGACCUGACACCGCAACCUCCACCCGCAAAGCGAUCUAGUGUGGCCAAACCCCAAAACCGACGGCGUAGAUAUUCCAAAGAAGAGGAAGACAAUGAUGCAGCACAGGAAGACUUAACACCACGACCUCGAGCUCGUAACUCGACUCUAGCCCAAACUAAGGGCUCAGCCUAUGUACCCGCUCUCCAAAACAAGGCAGCCUCUGGCUUGGGGUCUAUGGAGCCAUUAGAUUCAUCAGUCGACAAUUCAAAAGCCUCUUCUAAAAGCCCAGUCAAACGAAUGGGCGACCUUCGCUUUGCUAGGAUGCCUAUUCUGUAUGAAGACCUUUCGAAGAGCCUGGAGAAGCUGCCAUCUGACGCCAGGGGUCUUUAUGAGAAACUACGCGUGGUUAGCUCGGCUACCGGAGUCCUGCCUGCAAACAUCAAGGAUGAGAUCUCCGAAUGCAACAACGAAGUAGACCUUCUACUCCCUCAUAUGUUCGAUGAGACUUCGACAGCGAACACCAGAUCAAGGACCCAGUUGCUUUGGGAACUACGUUAUGUCAAAAAGAUCUGCGACGCAACGUCGCGGUGUUCAGUUCAACAAGAAGCAGAGGCUUCCUGGAAUUGUAUUGUACACAGCCCUAUACUGGACCUGGCUCUGGAGGUCUGUAAGGGUGUUGAAUUCCGAAAUGUGUAUGGAGAUCAUUCCCACAUUAAUUCCGAAUUUACUGACCCUACCAGCACAGCAGCCAAAAUCUGCCCCGCGUUUGACCAUCGUGACAUCGUUGGGAAACCCUUGCAAUCAAAGAUGGUCGAUUUCGCCAUCAAUUUGGUAACUGACAAAGAUGUGGAUCGUCGCAUCACUGAGUUACUUGACGGUCAACAUCCGAAUCUCAGAACCAUCAAUCAGUCCAUACAUCACCCUCUUCGAUUUGCACCAGUCUUUGUCAGCAUUGAAACAAAACGACCAGGCGGUUCGGUGCAGGACGCGGAUAUACUACUUGGUGUGUGGGCAUCGGCGUACUUCAAGCGCAUUCACAAGCUUUGCAAGAACGGUCCUUUCCAGAUCGCCUUACCACUCUUGUACGUGUAUGCUGACCUGUGGUUCCUCAUGUUCGCUUGCGAUACAGCGGACGGCACAGUAGUACUGUCAAGAUAUCUCGUUGGAAGUACCAGUACCGUGCUUGGCUGCUAUAAGGUGAUGACAGCUAUUCGCAUUCUCAGCGAAUGGGGUACGACAAACUUCAAACAAUGGUUCGAGUCAUCAGUCCUUCAGUCUGCACAGGAGUCAACAGACCCUCAGCCUGUACAGGAGUGA